AAUCUUGCAAUAUCACUUCGUGCACGAUACGAUCGAUGGGGACAGAUAGAAGAUUUAGAAGAAGUCAUCGAAUUGUACAAACUCGUUCUGCAAUUUCGCCCUGAAGGCCAUCCAGAUCGCCAUGCAACUUUAAAUAUGCUUGCAAUUUCUGUCGAAGCUCGAUUCAUGCAGCGUGGACGGACUGAGGACCUGGACAAGGCCAUCUGGUUGAACUCUGCUGCCCUUGAACUUUGCUCCGAAGGCCAUCCGGAUCGUUCUCUGUCUCUAAAUAACCUUGCUAGUUGCUUGAGACUUCGAUUCGAGCAGUAUGGGCGGCCAGAGGACCUUGAUAAAGCCAUUGAGAUGUAUGGUGCCGCAUUAGAUCUUCAUCCGAACGGCCAUCCAGCUCGUCCUUCGUCCCUGAACAAUCUUGCAAUUGUGUUGCAAACUCGAUUCGAGCGGCACGGACGGACAUUAGACCUUGAUAAAGCCAUUGAGUUGCAUCGUGCCGCUUUGGAACUUCGCCCGAGAGGCCACCCAGACCAUUGCCAGUCGUUAAAUAAUCUCGCUUCCUCUAUGAUAAACCAAUUCAAGCAUCAUAGGCGGGUAGGGGAUCUUGAUGAAGCCAUUGAGUUGCGCCGUGCUGUCCUAGAACUUCGCCCCGAAGGUUAUCCGAAUCGCUGUAUUGCUCUAAACAAUCUCGCAGCUUCCUUGCAAGUUCGAUUCGAGUAUCAUGGUCGGGCACAAGACCUUGACGAGGCUAUCGAGUCACAUCGUGCUGCUCUGGAACUUCGCCCUAAAGGACAUCCAUAUCAUUCCGCAUCUUUAAACAAUCUCGCAAAUUCUAUAAAAACACGAUUCGAUCAGCGUGGACGGAAGGAGGACCUUGAUGAAGCCAUCGAGCUGCAUCACGCCGCUCUUGACCUUCUCCCUAGGGAUCAUCCAGAACGUUAUGUAUUCCUGAACAACCUUGCUGGUGCACUACGAUCUCGAUUUGAACAAUAUGGACGGUUGGAGGAUCUUGAUGAAGCCAUCGAGCUUCAUCGUACCGCCCUAGAACUUUACCCCGAAGGCCAUCCUCUUAAACAGUUGUCCCUUCACAAUCUUGCAAAUUCCAUAAAAAUUCGAUUUGAGCAGUAUGGACAGAAAGAGGACGUUGAUGAAGCUGUCAAAUUACACCGCGUUGUCCUGGAUCUUCGUCCUGAUGGCCAUCCGGAUCGUCCUGCUUCUCUAAGCAACCUUGCUAAUGCGCUGGAAACUCGAUUCAAUUAUUAUGGACGGAGAGACGAUCUUGAUAAAGCUGUUCAGCUGCACCGUACUGCUCUGGAUCUUCUGUCUCAAGAUCAUCCAGAGCGCUUUGUAUAUCUAAACAACUUCGGAAAUUCUAUAAAGAUCCGAUUUGAGCAGUACGGACGAUCAGAAGAUCUCGACGAAGCCAUUAAAUUGUUCCGCACCAAUUUGGAACUUUUACCCGAAGGCCAUCUACAGCGUUCUUCUUCUCUAAACAACCUUGCGAAUGCCGUAAGGACUCGUUUCUCCCAGCACGGGCGUAGGGAGGACCUCGACGAAUCCAUCGAGUUACACCGUGCUGCCUUGGAACUUCGCCCAGAGGGACAUCCUCUUCGAUCCUCAUCUUUAAACAGCCUUGCAACUUCAUUACAAAUACGAUUCCAUCUUCAUGAACGGACAGAGGAUCUUGACGAAAUUAUCGAAUUACGCUUUACCGUUCUGGAACUUCGCCCCAGUGGUCAUCCUGAUCGUUCUGCAGCUCUAGACAACCUCGCGACGUCCUUAUUAAUACGCUUCGAGCGGCGUGGAUCGAUAGGAGAUCUUGAAGCAGCUAUCGAGCUGUACCGUGCCGGCCUAGAACUUCGCUCCGAUGGCCAUCCAUAUCAUUCCAUGUCUCUGUACAAUCUUGCAAAUUCCAUGACAGUUCGGUUUGAGCAGCAUGGGCUAGAAAAGGAUAUCGGCGAGGCUAUUGAAUUGCACCGUCACGCACUGGAACUUCGCCCUGAAGGCCAUCCAGACCGUUGUGCUUCCCUAUAUAAACUUGCAGAUUCCAUAUAUGCUCGAAUCAAGCAACAGUGGGAUGUGGAUGAGUUUGCCGAAUGCAUGCAAUUACUGCAGCGCGCUGCUAACCACAAAUUCUCGGGAUUAACGGUGCGCCUCAGUGCUGCCUGUCGAUGGGCGGAGCUAGCGCGAUUGUACGAUCACUGGACCGCUCUCUUGGCCUAUAAAGCGACAAUAUCGGUACUUCAGCACGCACUCACCAUAAGUCCAACUCUCCACGAACAAUAUGAAUUCCUCAUUACGAAUGGACGUUAUAGUAUACUCACAAUGGAGGCGGCUUCCUACGCAAUAGAGAAAAAUGAGCUGAAGCCAGCGAUUGAGAUACUUGAGCAAGGAAGGGGUUUGCUCUGGUCGCAGUUACGCGGUUUUAGGUCUCCUCUGGAUCAACUAGCAGAGACAAACAGCGAACUUGUAGACAGAUUCAAAAACGUCAGCCGUCGACUGGAGAACCUCGCAACGACUAAGAAACAACUUUCCGAAGAACAGGAGGAGGUCAUUCACGAGAUUCGACGAGUUCCAGGGUUCGAGAGUUUCCUUGACGCUACGCCGUUCACGGUACUGCAGCGGGCAGCAUCGGAAGGUCCGAUCAUCGUGGUCAACCAUAGCGAAUAUCGUUGUGAUGCCCUCAUUAUUCUCCCCCGUGAAGACUUGCCGGUUGUUAAUGUGCCGUUGGACGAAAGAUUCUAUGCGGAUAGUAUUAAACUAUACAACGAGCUCUCGGAGACACGCGUAAGCUUUGGAGCUGCUUCACCCAAGUAUAACGAAAAGCUUUGCGCAGCGAUGGAGAUGUUGUGGAAUAGAGCUGUUUCUAAAACCGUUGAUAAACUUGAAGAACUUGGAGUUAACAAAGGUUCCCGCAUCUGGUGGUGUCCUACGUCCGUGCUAUCUGCGUUUCCGUUCCAUGCAGCGGGACCAUUCAAGGGUGCAGAUGGUACCGAGAAAUACUUAUUGAAUGAUUAUGUCUCGUCAUAUACACCAACUCUCGGGGCCCUCAUCAAUGCACGGUCUGGCGGCGCAGAGGAAGAUCCGUUAGUGCUUGUCAUUGGGGAUAUGUCACUUGGAUCAGCUAAACAGGAAAUUAGCAAUAUACGGAACUGUGGUGUGAGCACCAAAUUGCUCGUCGGCAAGAAAGCGUCUCGUACUGCAGUGACCAAAGCCAUCCAGGAAGCAACUUGGGUCCAUUUCGUUUGCCAUGGAUACUUAGGCUCGAAAGCCUUCAACUCCUCGUUCAAUCUAUCAGAUGGCGGGCUAACAGUACUCGAUAUAGUUAAAGCUAGUCUGCCCGACGCGGAGUUCGCUUUUCUUUCCGCUUGUCAUACUGCACAGCAACCUUACAGUGGUGCACACGAUGAGGUUCUUCACCUCGCCGCAGCGAUACAAUUUUCUGGGUUCCGAAGCGUGAUAGGUUCAAUGUGGGAGCUACUUGAUACUGAUGGCCCGCAUUUUGCCAGGACAGUCUAUGAGUAUAUGUAUGACUGUGAGGAGGGAGAAGCUAAGUAUAAGAGGGCGGCAGCGGGACUUCGCAAAGCGGCUUUGGUGUUGAAGUCACGGGCUGGGGUUGCGGUCGAACGAUGGGUUAAUCUUGUGCAUAUUGGC